GCUCUACAUCUGUCAAUCAGUUUCGCAAGCAUUGUGUUGCCUGGCGUAGCCAGUUAGCCACUUAGCUAGUUAGCUGUUAAUAAAACUGUGUCGACCGGGCAGCUUUUAAAAGUGUUUGGUGUAUAUUUGACGACGUGUUAAACACACACCGACUUGUGGUUUUGUUGUCUUUUUAAAAUAAAUAAGGUGAGACUGUCACAGUAGCACAGCUAGCUAGCUAGCUAACGUUAGCCAGGUAACGUUACGCAGGCUGGUUAAUGUGUGUCUGCGCUAACCUCCGGGUUAGCUCGAUCGCUAGCUGAGCAGCGCUAACACACGGGAGCAGAAAUGAACCAUAAAAGUAAGAAGAGGAUUAAAGAGGCGAAACGGAGCGCCAGGCCCGAACUAAAGGACUCAUUAGACUGGAUAAAACACGAUUAUCAUGAGGCUUUCGACCUGUCACACCGGACCGUAAAGGACAACGUGGAGCGAGUGGACACGCGCCACCUCAGUCCCGAGGAGUUCAUCCGGCGCUUCGAGCGUCCCUACAAGCCCGUCGUCCUGCUGAACUCGCAGGAGACCUGGCCCGCCCGCGACAAGUGGACCCUGGAGCGCCUCAAACGCAAGUACCGCAACCAGAAGUUCAAGUGCGGGGAGGACAACGACGGGUACUCGGUGAAGAUGAAGAUGAAGUACUACAUGGAGUACCUGGAGAGCACGCGGGACGACAGCCCACUCUACAUCUUCGACAGCAGCUACGGGGAGCACACCAAGCGCAGGAAGCUGCUGGACGACUACCAGGUCCCGGUCUUCUUCAGGGACGACCUGUUCCAGUUUGCAGGAGAGAAGCGCAGACCGCCAUACAGGUGGUUCGUGAUGGGCCCGGCCCGCUCCGGGACCGGGAUCCACAUCGACCCGCUGGGCACCAGCGCCUGGAACGCCCUGGUCCAGGGACACAAGAGGUGGUGCCUGUUCCCCACCAGCACCCCCCGCGAGCUGAUCAAGGUGUCCCGAGAGGAGGGGGGCAACCAGCAGGACGAGGCUAUCACCUGGUUCAACGUCAUCUACCCCCGAACGCAGCAGCCCAACUGGCCCCCCGAGUUCACGCCGCUGGAGAUCCUGCAGAGACCCGGGGAAACCGUCUUUGUGCCUGGUCAGUGGAGACGCAUCUUCCUCUACUUCUUAUUUAGUCCUGGUCCAGAGCCCUCUGAGGAGGAUUUUAAGCGUUUCUCUCCCGGCGGGUCCAGGAUCUUGAAGCAGGAGCGGCCCGAGCUGGCGGCGCUGGCGGACAAAGUGGACCUGCAGGAGUCCACAGGCAUCGCGUCGGACAGCUCCAGCGACUCCUCGUCUUCAUCUUCCUCCAGCUCGUCGGACUCAGACUCUGACGUAUGUGCUGAAACUUAG